ACUCACUCGCUAUAUAUAGCUAAAGCUUCUCCCUGCUUUUCUUCGAGAGAAACUAACAAUAAUCCUGCCUUUCUUCCCCUCGGCUCCAUCUUAAUUACUCCAGUUCUUCUGUUCUGAUUAAGUUAUCGAUCAAUGAUGGGGAAAUCACCAUCUGAGGAUGAGAAUGGCCUAAAGAAAGGACCCUGGACACCAGAAGAAGAUAAGAAGCUUAUUGAAUUUAUUCAAGAAAAUGGCCAUGGAAGUUGGAGAGCUCUUCCAAAGCUUGCUGGGUUAAAUAGGUGUGGAAAGAGUUGCAGGCUUAGGUGGACUAAUUAUCUUAGACCUGAUAUUAAAAGAGGAAAGUUCUCUGAAGAAGAAGAGCAAAUUAUCAUCAACCUCCAUGCUGUUCUUGGAAACAAGUGGUCAGCAAUAGCACAAAAUUUGCCAGGAAGAACAGAUAAUGAAAUAAAGAAUUUUUGGAAUACCCAUCUAAAGAAAAAGCUUCUCCAAAUGGGAAUAGACCCAGUUACCCACAGGCCAAGAACUGAUCAUCUAAACCUCCUCUCAAAUCUUCCACAGUUGCUAGCUGCUGCGAACUUGAGCAAUCUCAUGAUCAAUAAUGUCCCAUGGGCAGAUCCUACACCGCUAGCCAAACUCCAGCUCUUGAACUUGCUUCAAGCGCUAAACACUAGCCCACUUCCGAACAUGGAAUCUUUAUCAGCAAAUAUUAAUAAUACCAACAAUAUUUAUCAAUAUCUACGAACGAGCUCUCAGUUAGAAGGACUUCUAGCUAGCAAUGGACAACCUAGUUUUUUACCUAGUAUUCCAAGUUUAUUGGAAACUCAAGAUUAUCAUCAUCAUCAUCAUCAUCAACUACCGUUAAGUAAUGAUCACUCGAAAAUGGGCAGCGAUGUUAAUAAUAAUAAUAACGGCGAAUUGGGGCCUUCAUGUGGUAUUAUUCAAAUGUCAAACCCAGAAAUUGAUCUUCCUCCACUGAUUUCUGCAACCUCACCUGAUACCUGCAAUCCAACAGCAUUCAACCAAAACCCAAAUGAUAUUUCCAAUCCUUCUUCUACUUCUACCACAUUUGAAGCUUGGGGAGAUCUUAUGGAUGACGAGGCAAGUGAGAAUUACUGGAGAGAUAUAAUGGACCAAGCAUCUUCUCAGCUAUGGCCAAUGUCAGAGUAACAUUCAUGGUUUAAGCACAGUAUGAGUAAUUAUAAGGUUUUAUUUCUAUUUUAUUGUGGAUUAAAUUAAAUAGGUUUUAUAGAAAUGAUAAUAAUAAUAGUCCACAAACAAGUAUACAAGGCAUUGUUGCCAUAUUUAUGUAAAUUUAGUACAGCACAAAACAAUAUAUUGUUCAUGUAAACUUUUUUUUUUUUUUUCUCAUUUGAUUUUUUUUAUACAUGCAAUUUAAUAUAUUUGUCAUAUUAUCAA